AUGAAGGUCCCCGACGAGGCCGCCGCACCACGCUGGAACACGAAAGACCUGGCGUGGAGACUGGCCGCCGACGCCGCCGGCGCCGCCUGCGCCGGUGUCCUGGUCGCGCCGCUCAUCUCCAUGAUUGACCGGUCCAUCAUGGAACACGCCUCGGGGCGCAGCUCCCUCGUCGACUCGAUCCGCGCCUCCGCCCGGGCCCUGACGCUGCGACCUGCCGCCGCGCUCCUCUCGCGCCCCUGCGCCCUCGUCUUCGCGCUCUACGGCGGCACGUACCUGACGGCCAACGCGCUCGACACGGCCGCCUCGACCGUCAACGACACGCCCGCGGCGACCACGUCCUCCGGCGCGGCCAAGUUCGCCGCCUCGUCCGCCGCCAACGUCGGCCUGUGCAUGUACAAGGACCGCUCGUUCGUCCGCAUGUUCGGCCCCGUCGGCGCCGCGCCCCGCGCCGUCCCGCUGCCCUCGUACGCCCUCUUCACCCUGCGCGACUGCCUGACCGUCUUCGCCUCCUUCAACAUCCCGCCCCUGCUGGCGCCGCUCAUCGACCCCCGCCUGUCCGCGCCGCUGAGGAGGUGGGCGUCGGGCCAGACCGCCGCGCAGUUCGUCGCCCCCGCCGCGGUGCAGCUCCUCUCCACGCCCCUGCACCUCCUCGGCUUGGAUCUGUACAAUCGCCCGGCUCGGUCCGCGGCCGUUUCUUGGCGCGACCGCUUCGAGCUCGUUCGGUCCAACUGGCUUAUAAGUUCCGCCGCCAGAGUCUGCCGCAUUCUUCCCGCUUUCGGCGUCGGGGGAGUGGUCAACUUCAAGGUCCGGCAAAGCCUGAUGGCAAGCCUGGACUGA